UAGGAAGGGGUAAACCCGGAACCCUAACUCGGAGUCUUGACGCCGACACAGAGAGCGAGAGUUUCUAAAAAAAAAAAAAAAAAAAGAACACAGAGAGCGAGAGGGCACGCAAGGAGAAGAGAAGGAAGAAAACGAUGUCGUACGACGACGUAGAGAUCGAGGACAUGGAGUGGAACUCCGAGCUACAGGCUUACACGUAUCCAUGCCCUUGCGGGGACCUGUUUCAGAUCACAAAGGACGAGCUCAAACUCGGCGAAGAGAUCGCCCGGUGCCCUAGCUGCUCUCUCUACAUCACCGUCAUCUACAACCUCGAUGACUUUCUCGCCGACUCCAAAACCAAUAACAACAACAACACCCCUAACCAACCUAUCGCCGUUGCUUAAUAGAUUGUAUGAACUGUGGGGGUGAAAAGUGGUACAGAGGAAUGAGGAUAUUCUUUCACAACUAAGUUUUGUCCGGGCUUGACAAGUCAUAGGUGUACAACUGAUGAGUGAGGAUUUUUGCUAUUCUACCUAAGAGUUUGUUGACUGAAAUUAUAGCAUAUUUAUAGAAAUUGUUGUUAGUGUCA